UUACCUUGACGUUGUCCAACACCAGGGCCAGCUAAUUAGGCGACAUGAGGCUCAGGUGUGACUUCUCCUCUCCUCCUGGCCGCCACAUCGCGACACUUCAGCUCCACUAACAUGACACAAAUGGGGUGUUGCUGAUUAAAGAUGAAGGUGCCCGCGGAGGAGUUAAUGAGUGACAUUCUGAAGCGUCUGACCGGCGAGUCGGCGUUGCCUACUUACAAGAACAUCGAGAAGUUCAAGCGGAGCAAGGAUGGCGUCUACGUGGUGGCGGAGGACUUCCAUGAAACGGUGAAGAAAAGGGAACAAGUCAACGCCAAAGAACGGCUGAGGAUAAGGAACCUAAAUACCAUGUUCUCCCGCUUAAAGCGCAUGGUACCGUUGAUGCGACCAGACCGUAAGCCCAGUAAAGUAGACACUCUUAAAGCUGCAACGGAGUACAUUCGAUUGUUGCUUGCAGUUCUGCAGGACACUGAUAAUACUGAUUGCAACGAAACCGACUUCCUGAAGAAUAUAAUCACUCAUGAGCCGACAGAUGGCUUUGAUGGUGAUCUUUGGACAGUUGAUGACUUUCUGAAUAUUCCUGAUGACGUUGAAGAUUGUUUCACCAUGCCAUCGGACACAGGAACCGAGGACUGUGAUCUGACCAGACAGGCGUACCAGCAUUGUGUAAUGCCUUCCUACCAGUUCAUCAUUCAAGUAAUGCCUGAUCAGUCUACGAUUUCCUAACCCUGAUGAAUGUUAUGUGAAGCAUAUUGGAAACAAGCCAGGAUUUGGUACUUUGAAGAAAUGAGUUUUCCAGAAGAUGGAGUUUUAUUUCCUUUUUCGCUUUUGAAACUUAGUUGUAAUUUGUUAGUAUAAUACAUGUAAUUGUUUCACCAACCAUAUCCUUGGCCACAUUGAAAGUGUACAACCACCUGACUCAAGUGUGACUUAGCAUCAGAAGUGCCACAGUUCUUUGUGAAUUAAAAAAAACAUGCACUUGUAUUUUGAUGACUAAUAAAUUGAUAUGGUAAAUUGUGU